AUGGCGCAUUCUGGUAUUUCUGCUGGUGCAAAGGGCAGACUUGUCUCGGUGAUUGGAGACGAAGUAAGGCUAGAGUGAUGUAUUCAAUUGAUUUAAAAAAUACUUAUAACAAAUGGGAAUGUUUUUCUCUUCCCUCAAGGAUACAUGCACUGGGUUUUUACUGGGAGGAAUUGGAGAAAUCAACGCCAAAAGGCAAAAGAAUUUUUUGGUUGUAACGAAAGGUAAGCUCAGUUUCAAUUCAAAGACGUUUCUAAAUUAAAUCAGUUAAUUCUCUCUCAAAACUUUCCCAGUGAUAUUUACGGUACGUUUGAAACAGUUUCUCCCGGCGAUUUUAAGACACGGGGCCUGAACAAUCGAUGAAAAUCGAUAUUAAUUUAUCGAUUGAUAUUUAAGCUUAUAAUCAACGAACAAUCAAUCACGAAAGUUUUUGUGAUUAUCGAUUGUCAUCAAUUAUCGAUUAUAUAGGAAACGGAUCAAUUAGAAACAUUGAUUUUCAUUGAUUAUUUAUUUCAUUGAUUACCAAUACAGUAGAAGCCCUUACUAAAAUCGACAGAAAUGUUCCACACUACCUGAUAGUCGUACGUCUCAUGUUGUCGAAAGUGGGAAAGUUGGAAAGUUCCCUGGCCAGGAAUCACCCUGGAAGUUAAAAGCCCUCACUAACCUCACUAGCUUGGGAUUGUAGUGGGUAAUAUUAGCCCUCCAUUGUUCAUGUACGGGCCUUACUUUGCUCAGUUCUUAACAACCUUGGGCCAAUAUUCCCAGUAAUGCCAGUAUGGCCUACAUGUACGUGGUCAGCUUAGCAGGGUUGUCAAAAGUAGCCGGCUACCGGCAAAAAUUGGCGCCUACUUGGUUAGUAUCGGCUGGCUACUCAGCUUGGCGUUUCUUUAUGGAUGGCGUUUUUUGAAUAAAAUAUACCUGGACUGGCCGCUUACUUUGACAACUCAGCUGUCUACUUCAAAACUUUCUGACAACCCUGGCUUAGUAGUGGUUAGUAAGGGGUUCUUUCAACUUAUUUUGCAAACUCGACUCUUCCAUCACUGAAAAAACCAACCUUAAAUAGGCAAUUUUUCUACUGUUUCUUUUUUCACUUUAAUCUUCUUUUUGCUGUGUAGAACAAGAAAUAUUGGAAGUUUGACUUUCUUUGAAAUACAGUAACAUGUAUUUAAUAGUGUUAAAAAAUCAAUGUUAAUAUGAGAGGUAAUUUUAAGAAUUUCUUGAUCUCUGGCAUCACAGUUUGGUGUCAUAAAUCUUAUUCCUGAUUAAGAUUGAUGAAAUAAAAUAACAUUGAUGCAUUUCAUCUAUUUUGCAGAAACCUCUGUCAGUGAAAUUGAAGAAGCUUUCUUACAGUUUACAAAUAGAAGUGACAUUGCCAUUCUGCUAAUCAAUCAAAAUGUAAGGGUGCACACAGGAUUUGUACAGCUAUUUGGAUACAGAAUUUAAGAGUUUUUCCGGACUUUUUUUUCAAACAAUUUAUUAUUUCUUUUUCCAGACACAAGGUUAUCAAAUAGGUGAUCAACAGAAACCUUAAAAAAUGCAGGAACAAAGCUGUUUUCAUGAUGGGCUGCAAACGUACUUGUAUGGGCAAGAUUGAGUAGGAUUUGAUCAAAACAGAAAAAAUGUCUCUCAUAAAGCACUUGUUGUAGCUUUGAAAAAAAAAAAAAUUUUUUGUAGACGUUAUAUCCAUUUUCUAGACUUUUUCCAGGUCUGGAAAAUUGCUGGGCUAAUUUCAAGACUUUUUUUCAAGAAUUCAAGACUCUGUACAAACUCUGUACACGAUGUAACAUAGCUUUUUAGUAAAUGGUAUAACCAUACUAUACAUUGUUACAUCUAAAUGUCUAUUGUCCAAGUAGUUGUGCAUCACUUUCCCUUGGGAAAUCACAUGAAGCUGUCUGGGAAAUUUGGGAUGGGAGGGGAGGGAAGGUGCAGGACAGUGCAUUACUGGUCACAACAUAACGCUAAAAAUAUUUCAGGUGUUCACAGUUUUCUGAGAUUGAGAAUAUGAUACCUUCCCAAAAACUUCUCCCACGGAAAUGAAGCUUAGUAAAUGCCCAGCAAAAGAAAAAAGGGGCAAGAAAAGCAAAAGCAGCAUAAAGGAGAAACAGCAAAAGAUAAAAGUCAAGAGGCCUGUGUCAUUGUAAACCCAAAACCUAUCUUGAAAUAAUUUUGCUUUCUGCGCAUGCCUGAAACUGUGAAAGGUAAUAUUUAGCAUGGCAAACAAAAGCCAGUGUGGUGCUAGACUUGUAACCAUAUUUUUGGGCUGUUUUGGUCCUUUUUGGCCAGGUAAUGACUACAUGUAGAUAAUUCUUGGUUAGCCUUAAAGUUCGUUUUUGUUUAAAUUUCUAGGGCGGAUGGGUUAAAGGCAAUGUAUAAAAAAUAUUUCUCACCCUUAAUAAAAUUAUGGCUUUCAUAGAUACGUGCCUUUGAACUGAAAUUUUCAUUUCUAACCCUUUACACUCUUAUGAAAUGCAUAUGUUUUUAAAGCUAACUGUUAGUUUUUGAGAAUUACAUGUUUUCAAGUUGUACUGAAAUGAUGCUGUUGUUUCAUUUUGUUCUUCAUGAUGUAAAAUACCAAUUCUGAUCAGGUUGAUCACAACAUGAAUUUGUGUUUUUUAGAUCGCUGAGGAGAUUCGACAUAUCCUUGAUAGUUAUGACAAAGCUAUUCCAGCCAUUUUAGAGAUACCAUCCAAGGAACAUCCUUAUGAUCCUUCCAAGGAUUCCAUUCUUAGGAGGGCAAAGGUACUGUUUCUUUUUUUCAUUUUAUGUAUGAAGAGCGUUAUUUACAGUCUGCUACACAGCCCUUUUUAGUGUCGUCAUGCAACACUCGUCCUCCGUACUAAUCAAUAGUGGCAGAAGAGUCUUUUGUUUUCUCAUUACAUGUAUGUAAUUCUUGAUAUUUGUGAGUUUAAAAUACAAUUUUAAAACUUGUUUAUGUACAUGUAUGUGUGAUAAACUCUUUUAAUAUUAGGCUGUGGGUUUUUGUUCCAUCAGAAAGUAACGGUUCUGUUUUUUUCCCUCCUUUUUUAGGGUUUGUUCAGCGCAGAAGAUUUCAAGUAG